AUGGAUUUGGAGGCUGUUCCAUCUUCUAGGGAUUUGUUGAAAUGUUGCGAUUGUGCGUGUAGUUGUUGUUCUAUGGUGGAUCAAUAUUCUGGGACUUGGAUGCGUUCGGUCAAACGGAAGCUAGAUGAAGUUAAGAUGGAUGGCCAGUUAUCGGUUGCGCGGGUUGAUAUUGGGAAUGAAUGUAUAGCUUUACGUGAGAUGGUUAGCGUGCAGCAGAAAACUAUUCAAGAUAUGAAUGAGGAGUUGGAGGAGGAGAGAAAUUCUUCGUCCACAGCUGCGAAUGAGGCGAUGUCGAUGAUCUUGAGGUUGCAGAGGGAAAAGGCAGAGAUUCAAAUGGAAGCUAGGCAGUUCAAGCGUUUUGCGGAGGAGAAAAUGAUGCAUGAUCAGGAGGAACUUAUGUCAUUGGAGGAUUUGUUGUAUAAGAGAGAGCAGAUAAUUCAGUCGCUUACGUGUGAGGUUCAGGCUUACAAGCACAGGAUGAUGAGUUUCGGGUACUCUGAGGAUGAGGUUGAGGGUGAUCAAUACGACAUUCCUCCUUAUGAAUACCCUCCUUUAAAAUGUAAUGUCAUGCAUAAUGGCAUUGAUGGUGAUAAUGACGAUACUGAUGUUGAGAAAUAUGUAUUUGGUGAUACUCCUAACGACCGUUUGAGGAGCUUGGAGAAUAGAAUUUCUAAAAUGGAGAAAAGUCCCACUUACAGCCAGGUGGAUGGGGAUUUUACGGGAAAAAAUGUUCUAGAGAAAGUAGUUGUCGGGCCGUCUCCAAGUUUGACGAGGAGGCAUUCGAGGAAAGUUUCCUCUGAAACAGGUCUUGAGUUCCCUCCAGAAUCUCCGAAGAACAAUAGCAACUCUAAGAAAGAUUAUUUUUCUCAGCCAGAGGAUCAUUCCAAUUUGAAGAAGGUAGAUAAUGCUUCAGAAGGUGAUGAUACGAGUGACCGAAUUUAUACAAUUGACUCUGUUCAUUCUGGGGCAGAGAAUAAUGGCUUUACAGGUUCCAAACAUGGAUCUUUCGAAGAUUACACAACCAUUCCAAAGGAAUCAGGGAAUCAUCAGGCUGAUUUUGAGGAUCCCUAUAUAAAGAAGCUUUAUAUGAGGCUUCAGGCACUUGAGGCUGAUAGGGAAUCAAUGAGGCAGGCAAUCAUUUCAAUGAGCACAGAUAAAGCACAGGUUGUGUUACUAAAGGAAAUAGCUCAGCAUUUGUGCAAAGAGAUGACACCGCAAAGAAAAAUGACUACAAACAAACCAUAUAUUACUGCAAGAUCUCCAUUAUUUUCAAUUUUUAAGUGGAUCACAUCAAUUGUUUUUUGGAGAAAGAAAGCUCAUGAAAGCAAGUAUAUGUUCGGGCUACCGGCUGACAGUAUGGGCUUGCUGCUGCUCCUUGACAAAAGAACACAUGCAAGACCAUGGAGAUGUAUUUCAAGUACACAAGUGGGAGAUUAG